CAACUAAAGAAAUAUCAGACAAAAAUAAAACCUUGUACGAGAGAAAUGGCAACGAAGCUGUGAGAGAAAUGGCAACGAGGCGACUUCUGCUACUCUUGAAACCCUGGGAUGUCUACCCGAUCCAACAUCAUUCUAAUGGCGGAAUCUCUCGUGUCUCCAACCCUAAGGAAAUGCAAGUGUUGAGACAUCUAGAAAGUCGGCGAAAAGUUCAACAGGAUUCGGUGAACUUCUGCCAGAAAGUUUUAAGGAAGAAGUUCGUCGAUUGGACAGCUAUUAUGCGCGGAGAUCUAUUGAAGCCAAUAAGAGACGUGGAUCUUGUUGUUACAAUUGGAGGUGAUGGGACUCUUCUUCAUGCAAGUCAUUUUGUGGAUGAUUCAAUUCCAGUUUUAGGAGUCAAUUCUGAUCCCACUCAACCUCAAGAGGUUGAAAAAUUCAGUGAUGAGGUUGAUGCCUCAAGAAGUACUGGCCAUCUUUGUGCAGCAACUGUAAAUAACUUUGAAAAUAUACUAGAUGACAUUCUCGAAAACAGGAGAGUUCCUUCUCUUAUAUCAAGGAUGUUGAUUUCUGUUAACUCAGAGUUAUUGUCUACACACGCACUUAACGAUAUUUUGAUUGCUGAUCCAUGUCCCGCUACUGUAUCUCAAUUCUCGUUCAGAAUUAUACAAAGAGAUGGGAAACAGCAUUCUCCUCUGGUGCAUUGUCGUUCAAGCGGUCUCAGAGUCUCGACAGCUGCAGGAUCAACGGCUGCGAUGCUUUCAGCAGGUGGAUUUGUGAUGCCGAUAUUUUCAAAAGAUCUUCAGUUUAUGGUAAGAGAGCCCAUUUUGUCUAGUACCUGUAGAUCUAAACUGAAGCAUGGUAUAGGAAAAAAAGAUAAACCUAUGCAUGGUUUUGUAAAACCUGACGAAUCUAUGGAGGUUUCAUGGUUCUGUAAGGAGGGGAAAAUAUACAUAGAUGGUUCGAAUAAUUUCUUUAAUGUUAGACAUGGAGAUAUUAUCGAACUAUCUUCGAAUGCACCUGUUCUGAAAAUUUUCUUGCCUCAACGGUUACUGUAAAAGAACAUGUAGGAAUUUUGUAAUUUUUUUUAGCAGAGGUAGAUGAACUCUAAAAGUUAAAGUUUGAGACACUUAUCUAUCUUACAAACAAUAGAUUCCUCUUUUUCUGCA